CCUGCGAGCCAAAGCCCCCCUCCCUCCUGCCAACAAACUAGGGUUUUUACCCACCUCAGCUCGCCGAGGGCAGGAAGCGCGCGAGGCAGAGAGGAGAAGCGAUUCCGCCCGCCAUGGCGUCCACCAAGGUGCAGAGGAUCAUGACCCAGCCCAUCAACCUCAUCUUCCGCUUCCUCCAGAGUAAAGCGCGCAUCCAGAUCUGGCUCUUCGAGCAGAAGGACCUCCGGAUUGAGGGCAGGAUCAUCGGCUUUGAUGAAUACAUGAAUUUGGUUUUGGAUGAAGCUGAGGAGAUCAACAUAAAGAAAGACACUAGGAAAUCUCUGGGUCGGAUCCUCUUAAAAGGAGACAACAUUACAUUAAUGAUGAACACGGGAAAGUGACAACAGCUUUGCCGUGUCCUACAUUGCAAGAACUGCUGAUUUACAUAUCUAUCCCAACCUUCUAUGAUGUUAGAAUGUGAGGCUGUUGUAGACUUCUCGUUUGUUCAUCUAAACUGAUUGUAAUAUACAGUAUAUGAGCAAGAGAUGACGUGCUUUGGGAAAGCAAGUGUUUAUCUAGAACAUGAAUUUUGGCUAUUAUAUCAGGUCUGGUUUUGCACUAUAGUUGAGCAAGGUAUCAA